AUGACCUCUUUGCGUUCUCCGCCCGGCGCGCGCGCAUUGAAUGCAAUUAAUAAUACCGCGUCGAACAUAUGUGCACGAUGUAACAAAAUUAUUAUUAAUGAACUGUCGGCUUUCAUUAGCCACAAGGUUGAUACCUUACCUGAGACCGGGAUCACCAAAAUAUGUUUGAGUGCGUUCAAUUCGGAUGAUAUUGAAAACUCAAGGGCAAUCACGUACGCCAAUCUUGCACCAACUAAGAAAUUUCUAAGGAGAAAGGAAGGAUCUGAACAGAAGAGCCUUCAAGAAAUUAUUAAGAUUAUCAAAGAAGCCGAUCCAGAAAUUCUACCGACGUUUGUAGCUCAUAAUCUUAAUAAACUUCCCCCCGUAUCGUUUGACUAUAUUGAUAUAACGACAUUCCUUAAGGAAUUAACUAUACUUAAAAAUGACGUGGCCUACAUUAAGUCCAAGCCAGAUAUUGACAACAAAAAUGUAGAUGUAAGCUCGGAUAUAAAUCUACUGAAAUCUGAGAUCAAGGAAUUAAAAACCUUAAUUCGUGGGCUGCGCGAGGCUCACGCUGCAAGUGAUGGAAAGCAUAUGGACCACCUAUCUCUUAGACCUUAUCAUAGUGAUAAAGACACAAGAAAUACGCUGAAUAAUGUACAAACCACUACUAACUUCGUCACAGGUGCGAGUGAGUCUCGUUUCGAUGCAAUUGAGGGUGGUUCGGAUAUAAAUGCGGCUAUUGUGAGCGAGCGGCAUGGAGGGCCGCUUGAUACCUGCGUAAUAACGAGUGCACGCGCACUGACUCGGACCGGCUCCGCGCGCGCGCGGCGUCCCCUUGUGCCUGCGCCUGCGUUAUCUACUCAUCAGCUGACGGCGGGCACCGAGACAAAAUCAACACAUGUACUAUCUUAUAGAGAUAUCGCUAGUGCACCUCCGAUCGAGGCGCACGUAAACAAUGAUGACGAUGGGUUUACACUUGUUUCCCGGAAAAAAACAAUGCCGUACAAGUACAAGAACACUAGAGGUACUCUUCAGAGUUCGAAGUUGCUGGCUGCGGAUGCAUAUGCGUAUGUCUAUAUUUCACGAACGCACAAAAGUACUACUGUAGAAGAUAUUAAGGAACACAUACAAGACCUAAAGGAGGAAUGUAUAGACGUGGAAAAGCUGACACAAACAAGAGAGACAAAUUUUAGUUCCUUUAAAGUUAAAAUUUUGUCUACAAAGUUGAAUUCAUUUUUAAGAAAUGACUUCUGGCCGCAGGGUUUCGUAUUUAGAAGAUAUAGACAAUCGCGUUCUAUUAGGAAUGAUACAGCUGCCUCUAAUUUUACUAAUGGAUAG